ACGUCAAAGAAUAGAGAACUUCUCAACGGCCGUAAAAUAAACUCACACUAACAAAAUGAACUUCAACAAAAUUUUUGUUCUUCUGGCUGUGUUCAUUGCCGUCUUCGCCGCACAAACCGAGGCAGGAUGGUUGAAAAAGAUUGGCAAGAAAAUUGAACGCGUGGGUCAACAUACACGAGAUGCCACCAUACAGACCAUCGCUGUGGCGCAACAGGCAGCCAAUGUUGCAGCAACUGUAAAAGGAUAAACUGAAGAUGUGUGGAAGUUGCAACAAAAGCAUUUAUGUACCUUAAUUAAGUUUAAUAUUUAUUUAUUUAGAUAAUUUUGUGACUGAAAUACCGAAAUAAAGUUGAGAAUGAAAUCAAGUUUUUCCAAGAUUUA